CAUUUUGCGGAGUGAUCCGUUCCACGAGGUGGCGGUCGGUAGUUUUCUAUCACGAGACCGCACUGCUCACGCGCAGUGGAAGAAGUGUGCUGCUCUCGUUCCUCGCGCACAUUGACAGAAUCUUACAGAGGAACGGCUGAACACCCCCUCUCCCCCUCCCACUAUGGCUGACUCCAUGGAUAUAGAUGACUCUCUUUACAGUCGGCAGCGGUAUGUGCUGGGGGACAGUGCUAUGCAGCAGAUGGCCCAGUCCGCUGUGUUUCUAAGUGGAAUGGGAGCUCUUGGAGUGGAAAUAGCAAAAAACAUUGUUCUGGCAGGAGUGAAGGCCGUCACUCUUCAUGACUGUAAGCGAUGUGAAGUUUGGGAUCUUGGCACCAACUUCUUCAUCAGAGAGGAGGAUGUGCAUAGCCAGAAGAAAAGGGUGGAGGCUUUCCAUUCUCGAGUGGCUGAGUUAAACCCAUAUGUUCAGGUCAGUGUGUCCACUGAUGUCCUGGAUGAUAGCACUGACCUCAGCUUCCUAAAGAGAUAUCAGUGUGUAGUGUUAACAGAAACAAAGCUGAGUUUACAGAAACGAAUCAACCAUUUCUGCCACUCUCAACAGCCUCCUAUUAAGUUCAUUGGCUGUGAUGUGUUUGGGAUCUGCUCGCGAGUAUUCUGUGAUUUUGGGGAGGCGUUUGAGGUGUCAGACCCUACAGGAGAAGAACCAAAAGAGCUCUUCAUCCAAAAUAUCAGCCAGGGGAAUCCUGGUGUAGUGAUGUGUAUGGACAGCCGAACACAUGGCCUCCAGACCGGGCAGAGUGUGUGUUUUAAAGAGAUCAAUGGCAUGAUUGAACUCAAUGGUACCACUCACCAAGUUACAGUUCUGUCUCCAUACAGCUUUGCAAUUGGUGAUACCUCAUCAUUCCAGGCAUUUGCUCAUGGAGGAAUUUUCCGCCUGGUCAAAACCCCCAAAACCUUCAACUUUGAGAUGAUGGAGCAGCAGUUAUGUGACCCUCGACUCCUUACUCCAGAUUUUAGUAAACCAGAGGUCCCUCUGCAGCUCCAUACAAUCAUGCUAGCUUUGGAUGCAUUCCAGGAACAGCAUGCUAGACUCCCCAGCAUUGGUUGUUUGCAGGAUGCUGAGCUGCUCCUGAAGUUCACAGAGGAGAUCAGCAGAACACUUAAAAACACAGUAUGCAUAAAUCAGGAGCUGGUGAGGUGCGUGUCGCGCUGUGCGAGGGGAUGUCUCCCUCCUCUAGCCGCAGCGGUGGGUGGUAUCGCUAGUCAGGAGGUUUUAAAGGCUCUCACUGGAAAGUUUUCCCCUCUUCAGCAGUGGUUUUAUCUCGAUGCGAUAGAGGUGGUUCAGCCCCUCCAAUAUCUUCCUGCUGAAGAAUUUGCCCCAAGGGGUGACCGGUACGAUGCAUUGAGGGCUUGCAUAGGAGAGUCGAUUUGUUUGAAACUGCACAAGUUUCGAGUUUUUAUGGUGGGCUGUGGUGCUAUUGGCUGUGAGAUGCUGAAGAAUUUGGCACUUCUGGGUGUCGGAUUGAGCAGACAUUCGGGAGAGAUAUGCAUUACUGAUCCAGAUUUGAUUGAGAAAUCCAACCUCAAUAGGCAGUUUCUUUUCAGACCUCAGCAUAUACAGAGGCCAAAGAGCACUACAGCAGCAGCAGCUACAUUAGAAAUAAAACCCGAGAUGCAAAUAGACGCUCAUCUGAAUAAAGUGUGUCCUGCUACAGAGGAUAUUUAUAGUGAUGCUUUCUUCUCACAUCUCAACCUGGUGGUCACUGCACUGGACAACGUGGAGGCACGGAGAUAUGUGGAUAGUCGGAGUGUAUCCAAUCAGAAAGCUCUGUUAGACUCUGGUACCAUGGGUACGAAAGGACACACUGAGAUCAUCGUCCCAUACCUCACUGAGUCCUACAACAGCCAUAGAGACCCACCGGAGGAGGAGAUUCCGUUUUGCACUCUAAAAUCUUUUCCUGCUGUUAUUGAACACACCAUACAGUGGGCCAGAGACAAGUUUUGGGGUGCUUUCUCUCACAAACCCUCCAUGUACAACAUGUUCUGGCAGAGUCAUUCAUCAGCUCAGGAUGUGUUACAGAGGAUGAUGGCCGGGGAGAGUAUGGAAGGAUCGUUUCAGGUCAUUAAGUUGCUGAGUCGGAGACCCACUCAUUUGGAUCACUGUCUAGCUCUCGCCCGACUCAAGUUUGACAAGUACUUCAAAAGAAAGGCAUUACAACUACUGCACUCAUUUCCACUGGACACACGGCUAAAAGACGGCAGCCUGUUCUGGCAGUCUCCCAAACGGCCGCCUUCUCCAUAGAGUUUUGACCUCAACGACCCACUGCAUUUCAGUUUUGUUGUCAGCGCAGCUCGCCUAUUUGCUGACAUUUAUAAUAUUCCAUAUUCAGAAGAGAAACUUACCUACAAGGCUGUUUCAAGUGUUUUAGCUAAAUUAUUUCCUGAAUACAGACCAGCUGAAAAGCAUAUAGAGACUGAUGAGACUGUUAAGAAGCCUGAUCAGUUGAAAAUGACAGUGAGCAGUGAAGAGGAGAGAGAAGCAAUCUCACAGCUACAGGAGGCCAUCAGCUCUAACUCUGUAACACCAGAGAGGCUACGCAUGACUCCACUUUUCUUUGAAAAGGAUGAUGACACAAAUGGACACAUGGAUUUCGUAGCAUCAGCGUCAGCUCUGCGAGCUCAAAUGUACGCCAUUGAGGCCGCAGACAGACUACAAACCAAACGAAUUGCGGGUAAAAUCAUCCCUGCUAUCGCCACUUCUACAGCUGCUGUUGCAGGACUGGUGUCAAUGGAGUUGAUUAAAGUGGCUGGUGGUUAUGGAUUUGAGUUAUAAAACUGUUUCUUCAACCUGGCCAUUCCAGUCAUGGUGCUCACAGAAACAGCUCAGGUCAAGAGAACCCAGAUCAGAGAUGACAUCUCCUUUUCUAUCUGGGCCGACCGUUGGACUAUCUUUGGUCACGAGGACUUUACCUUGUCUGAUUUCAUGAGCGCAGUAAAGGAGGAGUAUGGAAUUGAGCCCACCAUGGUUGUUCACGGAGUGAAAAUGCUGUAUGUUCCGGUUAUGCCAGGCCAUAACAAGAGACUCAAGCUGACAAUGCAUAAACUGAUUAAACCCUCAGCAGGCAGGAAGUAUGUUGAUCUUACCGUAUCAUUUGCCCCCGAGGUGGAUGGCGACGAAGACCUGCCCGGUCCCCCAGUGCGCUAUUACUUCAGUCGAGAAAGCAAGAGCGGCGAGAAGGCCUGACACACACACACACUCUCUCUCUCUCUCUCUCUCUCUCUCUCUCUCUCUCUCUCUCUCUCUCUCUCUCUCUCUCU